GUAGUGAUAAAUAUGAAGGGAGAGGGUAGUUGCCUCUCCGAUGUGAUCAUAUGUUUUUGGCUUUUCGUGUUGGAACUCAGACAACAUUAGGAUGAAUGAACUGUACAGCAAGGGAGCACAGGUGUGGAUUCAGCACCCAGAAAAAGUAUGGGAGGAAGCAGAAGUAAUAGAAGACUACAAGAGCAGUGUUCUGAAAGUUCGGACAGAAGAUGGCAGAAUACAUGACCUGAUCAUUGAAUCAGAUGAGAAACUACCACCUCUACGAAAUCCACGCAUUUUAAUUGGAGAGAAUGAUCUAACAUCAUUGUCUUACCUGCAUGAACCUGCUGUAUUGUAUAACCUGAAAGUUCGUUUCUGUCAGAAGAGCUCUAUUUAUACAUAUUGUGGCAUUGUGCUGGUUGCAAUCAAUCCGUAUGAUGAUCUCCCUAUAUAUGGCACGGACACCAUCUGGGCCUACCGGGGCCAGGCUAUGGGAGAUCUGGAUCCUCACAUAUUUGCUGUUGCAGAAGAAGCAUAUACAAAACUGGAACGUGAACAGCGUGAUCAAAGUAUCAUUGUAUCCGGUGAGUCUGGUGCUGGGAAGACUGUGUCAGCUAAAUACGCCAUGCGUUAUUUUGCCACUGUUGGUGGUUCAUCAACAGAGACACAGGUGGAAAAGAAAGUCCUUGCCUCAAGUCCUAUAAUGGAGUCGAUAGGUAAUGCCAAAACGACAAGAAAUGACAACAGCUCAAGGUUUGGGAAGUUCAUAGAAAUACAUUUCAACAAACAAUAUCAUAUACAAGGAGCAAGUAUGCGCACUUACCUGUUGGAGAAAUCUCGUGUUGUCUUCCAGGCACCAGAAGAAAGGAAUUAUCAUAUAUUUUAUCAACUCUGUGCAGCAAGAGAAGAGUACCCUGAACUUCAGUUAGCCCACCAGGAUGAUUUUCAUUACUUAAAUCAAGGUUCCAGUCCUCACAUUCAAGGUAUAGAUGACAGAGCGAUGCUUGAAGAAACAACCAAUGCAUUAAAUCUGCUGGGUUUUUCAUCUAAGGAGCAAAUGGAUAUGUUCAGGAUACUGGCUGCAAUAUUACACUUAGGGAAUGUUCAGAUAGUUGAAGCUGCUGCUGAGAAUGACCAAAAUGCAGAUGGUGAAGGAAGCGCUAUUCCUGCAGAUGAUCAACACCUGGCAAUACUAGCCAAUCUUCUUCAGAUUAAUGCAAUGGACAUGAGAAGCUGGUUGUGUCAUCGCAAAAUUGUUAGCUUGCGAGAUGUAAUCUUCAAACCAAUGACAGUGAUAGAGGCUGUCUCAGCAAGAGAUGCUUUGGCUAAACACAUCUAUGCAGAACUCUUCAGUUGGAUUGUUUCAGUUGUAAAUAAAGCAUUAUAUAGUAGUGGAACAACUCAGAAAUUUAUUGGUGUUUUGGACAUAUAUGGGUUUGAAACAUUUGAAAUAAAUAGCUUUGAACAGUUCUGUAUUAACUAUGCAAAUGAAAAACUGCAACAACAAUUCAACCAACAUGUUUUUAAAUUGGAGCAGGAGGAAUAUAUGAGAGAAGAAAUAGAGUGGAAAUUCAUAGAUUUCUAUGACAAUCAGCCUUGCAUUGAUCUCAUUGAAACUAAACUAGGAAUCCUUGACCUCCUGGAUGAGGAAUGUAGGAUGCCAAAAGGUACAGAUGCCUCAUGGACAGAGAAGCUAUACAAUAAAUGCUCCUCAUUUAAUCAUUUUGCAAAACCAAGGUUUGGCAAUUUAGCAUUCAUUAUUCACCACUUUGCUGACAAUGUGACAUACCAGAGUCAUGGUUUUUUGGAGAAAAAUAAAGACACAGUUUUAGAGGAUCAGAUUAGUGUAAUAAAAAAUGGUCAGAAUAAAUUGAUUCGAAAGCUUUUCAAAGAAGAAGAUAAUCGCAAAUUGACAGUUCCUGCAGCAAAGAUAAAAGUGGCAGCAGCAAGACCAUCAUCAACAAUGCCUGCCUCUUCCAAGCAGCACAAGAAAACAGUUGGAUCACAAUUCAGGGAUUCAUUGAAUAUGCUGAUGUCAACACUAAAUGCUACAACUCCACAUUAUGUAAGAUGUAUAAAGCCAAAUGACAAUAAAGUUCCAUUUGAAUACAAUCCAGUGCGGGCUGUUCAGCAGUUGAGAGCCUGUGGUGUUCUGGAAACAAUAAGAAUUAGUGCUGCUGGUUUUCCAUCAAGGUGGACGUAUGGUGACUUCUUUAACAGAUACCGUGUUCUUUGCUUGUACAAAGAUAUCCAAAGAGAUAACCUGAGAUUGACCUGUGAAAGGAUAGUAUCUAAAAUUAUAAAGGACACAGACAAAUUCCAGUUUGGAAAGACAAAGAUUUUUUUUAGAGCUGGACAAGUUGCGUACUUGGAAAAACUCCGUGCAGACAAGCUAAGGAAGUGUUGCAUCAUCAUUCAAAAACAAGUGCGAGCAUUCAUCUGCCGGAAGAAAUACUUAAGAGUGAAGAAGUCUAUCCUGUUGUUGCAGCGCUAUGGGCGAGGUGUUCUUGCAAGGAGGAAAGCACAUUUCUUGCGACAAACAAGGGCUGCAGUAACAAUUCAACGGUAUACGAGAGGUUGGCUUAUUCGCACAAAAUACAAGUCAUUGAAAGCUUGUGUGUUGGGUCUCCAAGCAAGAGCACGUGGUUUACUGGCUCGGCGCAGGUACCAGCAGAUGAGGUAUAAUCAUGCUGCAAUCAUAAUACAACGGUAUGUCCGUGGCUGGCUUGCACGCAAGUGGUAUGCACGUAAACGAACACAAGUGAUUUUGGUACAGUCAGCUAUACGUCGCUUCCUGGCCCGGCGCAAGUUCCGUAAACUUCGGCAGGAAGCACGUUCUGUUGAGCACGUGAAGAAAUUGAAUAAAGGACUGGAGAACAAAAUCAUUUCUCUUCAACAAAAAAUUGGAGAACUGGUUAAAGAAAACAAUGCUUUGAAGCUGGCCCAGACAGAAUUGCUCGAGCUGAAACCAAAAUUUGAUGCUUUGAGAGUUGUGGAGGCAGAGAAAAAACAGAUGGUUGCUUUGUUGACCAAAAAGGAUGAAGACCUGGAAACUCUGAAAAAGUCACUUGAAAAUGAGAGAGAUGAAAAAAUGGAUUUAAUUAAUGAAAAGGAACGGUCUGAAAAAGAAAGAGCAGAGGAAGUUGAAAGAAUUAACAAAGAAAACCUUAGAUUAAAAUCUGAGCUUGAUGAGUUAAAUGAGAGGAUAAAAUCUAAUCAAAUUGGUGCAGAAGAGAAUCUACGGGCACGUGUUGAGCAAGAAAAGCUGAUGCUGAUCCGUGAGCAUGAUCAGGAUAGAGAUGCUUAUCAAAAGCUACUGGCAGAGUACAACCUACUGGAACAACGGAAUGAAAGCCUGGAGAAUGAACUGUCUCGUCUGCAAUGGAGUGGGUCUUCUAAAAGUAAUCAUCAGCGUUCUUUUUCUGAUGCAAGCACUGUUAGCGCACAGGAUACAACUGCAAGUGAUGUAUCGGAGCUUGGAGAAGAUAUUGAAGGUGUUCAACUAGUUCUCAAGCUCCAGCAGAAGGUAAAAGAACUGGAAAAGGAACGAAACAAGUUGCAGAAACAAGUAGAAGAGUUCCUUGAUAAACAAGACAAGCCACGUGAUGAUGAAGCAUUUUCACACGAUCGUUUUCGAUUACAACAACUGGAAGUGGAGUAUUCAAGAUUACGUGCAAAUUUGGCUAAAAUGCAAAUAGCUGUAGCUGACGGAUCAGGACAAGAAGAAUUUUUAAGAGAAUACAAUGAGCUGCAACUUGAUUUUGACAGACAGCGGGAGGAAAAUAUACAGUUACAUAGUGUUCUAGCAAAACAAACCCAAGGUUUGAAAAAUGUAGCUAGUAACAACUAUGGAAGUCAUGUUGACUUAAUAAAUGAGGAUGGGGAGUUAGUAAUGGCAUUUGAAGCACAAAAGAAGAUAAACAGGCAGCUGGAAGAUGAACUGCAACAAGAAAAAAAUAGGUGGCAAGUAGAAAGAGAAGAACUUCAACAAGAAAAUGAGAAACUCAGAGAGGAGAAUGAUAAUCAGCGCAAGCUUUUGUCUAUGAGCUUAACUAAAAGUCCACAAACUCAAACUGAGGCUUUUAUGCAACAUGAAAUUAGAAGACUGACUUCAGAAAACUUGGACCUGCAAGAGAAACUAGAUUUAGCGAAAGAGGAACUGCGACAAUGUAAGAAGAACUUAAAGCUGCAAACUAAGGCACUGAAGGAUGCAGGUUUGCUACCAAAUGAAUUGGAUAAUAGUUCUGAAACGGCUGAAAGCGCAACAGAGAAAACUCUAGUGAAGAGCCAAGAUCAAAGGAAUAACAUAAGAGUGACAAGAAAGAAGGAAAGCCAUUACCAAGGCAUGUUUGAGUUUCGCAAAGAGGAUGUUCAACAUAUCGUUAGGCAUCUGAUAUUUGAGUUAAAGCCACGUAUUGCUGUAACACUGUUACCAGGAUUGCCUGCAUACAUUUUAUUCAUGUGCAUUAGGCACACAGAUUGUACAAAUGAUGAUGAGAAAGUACGAUCACUGCUGACGGCAACUAUCAACACCAUCAAGAAAGUAACUAAGAAAAGACAUGAUGAUAUGGAUACAACAGUUUUGUGGCUGUCAAACACUCUGAGACUUCUGCAUAAUUUGAAACAAUAUAGUGGAGACAAAACAUUCCAAACCGAAAACACACCAAGACAGAAUGAACAGUGUCUAAGGAAUUUUGAUCUGUCUGAAUACAGACAAGUUCUUUCAGAUAUAGCUGUAGGAAUCUAUCAGAGUCUUAUUGGGCACAUACAAGAAAAGGUACAACCAUUGGUGGUGCCAGCUAUUCUUGAACAUGAAGCAAUAAGUGGCUUGUCAAGUCAAAAACCUAGUGGGAUGAGAGGAAGAGCUGCCUCUACAUCAAGAGACUCGGAGCCAUUUUUGGAUGCACAGAAGUCACUGGAUGCACUCCUGCAGGAACUAAAUUCUAUUCAUAAAAUAAUGGGGUACCAUGGUGUUGACCCAGAGCUUAUUGUCCAGAUAUUUCGGCAGAUGUUUUACUUCAUUUGUGCCAGUUCACUGAAUAACCUACUGCUUCGAAAGGAUUUGUGUCAUUGGACUAAAGGAAUGCAGAUAAGAUAUAAUCUAUCACACCUUGAACAGUGGUGUCGUGACACAAGACUGCAGGAUACCAAUGUGCCAGAUACUUUACAGCCUAUAAUUCAGGCUGCCCACUUGCUACAGGCUCGUAAACUGGAUGAGGAUGUUCAGAGUGUCUGUGAUAUGUGUGAUAAACUUUCAAUGUUUCAGAUAAUCAAAAUACUCAAUCUGUAUACAACCAUAGAUGAAUUUGAAGAACGUGUUCCUGUCAGCUUUAUUCGCAAGAUACAGGCGAAGCUCCAGGAAAGAAAUGAACCUCAGGAACAGGCUACGUUACUGAUGGACACAAAAUUCACAUUCCCAGUAAGAUUUCCUUUCAAUCCGUCAAACAUCAGGCUCGAAGAUAUAGAAGUACCAGAGGUGCUGAAUCUACCUAUGCUGAAGAAAGCUUAAACUAGAGAGAGUAGAGUUCAUCAGGAAAACAGAAAUGUACCAUGUUAAAAGGUUUACAGUUAUUUCCUUCUGACUGUCUGGGUUUUGAAGUAAUAAACAUACAAAUUGUAAUGGGUUACUAAAUUUAGUAUUACAGUCAUUAGCAGCCUAUAAAUUUAAACUUGUUUAUUGCUUCAUUCUAAUGUGCAUUUCAUUCUUGUUAUAUUGUUGUAAUGUGAAUCUGGGUAAAAUGCCAGGUUGCUUACAUGUUUUUUUAUUUAUUAAAUAUAUUGUACAUGAGAUAUUUUGCUAUAAUUACUUAAAAGUGUUUCUAAUAUUUAUUUUUAUUUAACUUACUCAUUUUCAGUGAGUGUACUGUCCAUGUGUAUUUUGUUCCUUUGUUAUUUUUGUACUGUGGGAGGUGGACAAUGGGGAGUGUGUCAUGUACAUAAUUCACUUUGAUGUGGUAGUGAGUACGUACUUAACAUUGUACAUACAGCUUUUGUUGAGAGGUGUGUGUGUGUGUGUGUGUGUGUGUGUGUGUGAGAGAGAGAGAGAGAGAGAGAGAGAGAGAGAGAGAGAGAGAGAGAGAGAGAGAGAGAGAGAUAUGCACACUAGAGCUGCUGUGAAAAAGUAUUACUUGUAGAAAUUACUUUGCUAAUGUAAAAAAAAUUCUUAAUGUUCUAUGGUGCAGAGUUUUCCAUAAGUUGUGAGUGUAGCAUGUAAAAUGUCGUCCAUCCUGUGUUUGUUCUGAAUAUCAAACACUACUGCUUUGUAUAAUGUCCUAAUUCAUUGUCAACAACAAAUAUCUGAAAAUGUAAAAACACAUGUUAUCAUGCUACAUUCAUUUGUUUACCUGUAACACAACUGUCAUUUCCCUCCAGUAUCUGUGAAAGCAAAACUUUGUUCCACAAGUCAAAUGAUGUGUGUGUAUUAUGUGGAGCAGUGUUUUAAUCAUUUUUACUGUUCCACAGUGAUGGGACACUCAAAUGUUCUGUCACUGCUAGACUGUUCUUCUUUUUUGUUACAAUUUCUUUAGGAAAAAUAGGAAUCGGGGGUCAUAGCAAUAAAAACUUUCCAUCUGAGAGAUGACCAACUAUGAAGAAAUUGAAAUAGUUAAAAUACAAGCAUUUUUCUUGCAAGCAGUUUAGGUUUGUUUCACCUUCACACUUUCGUGUAAUAUGAAGGAGGAAAGAAACUUCCACUAUAUUCUUUGCAUCCUGUUUCUCACAAUCAUCAUCAUCAUCAUCAUCAUCAUCAUCAUCAUCUGUUCCUCACUAGCCCUUAUGUAAAUCAUAUUUCCUUCUACUAAUUUCAAGAUGAAAUUUUUUUAAGUGGCAGGCAUUCCUCAGUGUUGGCCAACCAGCUAUCUAUUAUAAUCUAGUCCACGUAAUUAAUCUUAAAUGUAAAUUUGUAUUUACAGUACCCAGGAACUACUGCUUUUUUUUAUUUUACUUUUUGUUUUAGUGAUGAGGUACCGUCAGUCACUGUUCAGUGCCAAAUUUCUUUGUUGUAAUUGUGAAUAUGGUUCAUCUCUAAAGGGGCAAUAGAAAUACAAGUAGAUAUCUGGAGGAUAUAAGAAAAUCGCUGUGGGUCAUGGGCAAUAUUGCCAUGUGCAUGAAUAUCUUAUCUGCUAUGUGCCACUGAUUUACAGGUGUAUUUUUUUCUUAAUAUCACUUUAAAUGCUGGUUACUUAUUGCUUAACAGGCCUUCAGUGGAGUAUUGUCAUUAUUUAGCUGUAUAUUUCUAUUCCAAUUGAGUCAAUUCAUAUAUGUACAUGUAAAUUGCAUAUUGAAAGGUAAAUAUGGAGUUGUACCCUGAUGGGGGUAUUUGUGAAUGGGUUACUAAAUUGUCUGUUCUGCUUCAUAUGUGUUCUAGUCAGUAUUCUUUCAUUUUUUUAAGCAUUAGCUCAAAUUUGUUAUGGAACCCAUGUUAGCCAUACAAAAGAAACUACUGUGAUGAUAGUAAAGAAAUCAAUUGUAACUUCUCUUUACAUGUUCUUUGUAUUUGUAAGUGGCCUUCACCAGAAAUAAUAUAAUUUUUUAAAUUGUUAGGACUGAGCAUGAUGAUGUAAUUUUGUCAUGUGUUACAGAGAUAUUGAAAAUUACUGGUUAAAUAUACGGUUUAAUAAAUGUAUCUACAAAAUAAAUGUCCCAGUGGAACUACAAAUAAACGGCCAUUGGAACAUAUUUGAUGCAGAGCACAUAUUUUGUGAACAGGUCUGUCAGAGUCAUUUACAUGUAUAGAAUGUAUUUAGUGUGUGUGUGUGUGUGUGUGUGUGUGUGUGUGUGUGUGUGUGUGUUCGUGAGAGAGAGAGAGAGAGAGAGAGAGAGAGAGAGAGAGAGAGAGAACAAGCUUUGUGGUUUCUCGUUGGAGCAGGAAAUAUUUAAUUUCUAUCCUGCUCUCACUUCAUGUUCUUUGUUGUUCUUUUUUCUGUUUAUGGAGCAGAAUAAUGACAUUACUUGCAUGUCCUUCUGUUUUUCACUAUUAUUAUUAUUAUUAUUAUUAUUUUAUUAUUAUUAUUCAUUUGUUGAUUAUCUGUGUAUGACAUUUGUUGACUAUAGAUAUUCUGUAACAUGCAGAAGUUUGGGGCUCUACUUGCAUAUUCAAGUAAAUUUUGGAAAUGUAACUUCAUGCAGACUUUCUUCAUUGUUCACAAAACAAUCACUUUAUUUUUCAAAUUUAAUAUUAAUAGGUCCUCAGGUGGUCAAACUGUAAAAGAAAAGGAACAAUGUUGUUGGUAAAUCCUCCAGAAAGACAAUAGAUACAAAGUUCUCAUUCUUUGACAAGAAUUGUAUGAGGAGAGCUUGUCAUUUUAGUGACUCCACUGUUGUUUCAAUAACAUCUUUUGUAUAACAGUACCAGAUGUUUUCAUAUCAGUCAUUGGCUUCACUUGAAACAGAACAAUUUCCUGGCCUAAAAUUGUCCAUCAUAAUUACAGUGUUAACCAUGCCUAUUUUACUUUGUCAGUAAAUGGUAUGACAUUGUGAGAACCCAAGACAUAGAAACAAAUGGCAUUGUUCUGUUGUCUACACUUAAGUAACCAUUUACAUGUUAUAAAGAGCUAAUUUGGUUAGUGCUAACUGAACAUAAUACAGAUUGUACCAGUAAAACAUCUUCUGUACACUGAAAUUUAACUGUUUUGUGUGGUUCUGAUGGUUAGUCAAUGAUUUGAGUGGCAUGCCUGGCUAGGUAAAUGAUGUGCAUGAUGCUAAAAUUCUUUAAUGUGCAAAUUUUCUUCAAACGGGAACGUUGUUUAAAAAUGUUGUAGAAUAUUCAUUGUUCAUACCCUUAGUCACAGGCAUUGAAGGAACCAGGUGACGAAACAUUUAAUUUUAAAGAAUGUGUGCUUUAUGAAAAGUUGAAAAAAUAGUAUUUUUUGUAUGAUUUGUUUCUAAGGAAGCAUCAUUUUAAUCCCCCCCCCCCCCCCCCCAAAUUCUACCAACCCUUCUUGCAGUCUGGGCUCUGUUCUCGCGUUCUCUUUAUGCCUGUACACUGCAGUAUUGUUUUUGGGAUCUAAAUGCUAUAUUGAUCAAUUAAAAUUAGAAAAUAUCAUAUCGUACUGACAGAAUUGUGCGCUUCAUUCAUACUGGUUGGACCAAAGAGUUAAAUUAAUUGCAUGUGGUUCCUUCAUUACAGUGGCUUUAAAUCAAAAUCUAUUACUUAGACAUUGCUGGUGCUACUGUAGUAAUGAAACUCCACUUGAGACAUGUGUAACUUCAUAGUAUUUAUUGUAAAAUGAUUCUGUUAUAAGGUAUUCCAAAGAUCACAUUUUCUCAGAGUUAUUAAAAAAUAGAAUGACUAUGAAGAUGCAGAAUUGUUUCAGAUAAUAAAAAAUAUAUAUUUUCAAACAUCUAGUCAUAAUAAUUUCAUCUGUGCUGUAUCUGUGAAUGACCGUGUUGAUUAAUAAAUUAAUAACUGUUGAAUUCUCUAA